AUGCCGGCCGUUGCUGCACAUGGCGUUCCCGGCGGCAAUGAUGUCAGCUGCUUCCAAAAACUUCGGAUGGGCUUCAUGAUGGGCAUGAUGAUAGGAGGAGCCACUGGCGUGUUGCUGGGCGGUUUCGCGGCGUUUCGUGGAGGAUUACGUGGGAAAGAGAUGCUGACGGCGAUGGGCAAAACGGCCGUACAAUCCGGUGGAUCGUUUGGUGUCUUCAUGGCUGUCGCGCAAGGGCUAAGAUGU